GGAGGAGGAAGAAGAAGGGCGAGCAGUAGGCACACGAGGACGGCGGCGCUGCGUGCUGGGGACGGAAAGGAGCUGAGCUGCUCCCUUCUGGAGCCGAGCGGCCGGCAUGGCUUACAUACAGCUGGAACCCAUUGAUGAGGGUUUCCUCUCCAAACUAUCCAACAUUUUGCUCUGCUGUUGGACCUGCCAGGCUUGCUGCCAGUCCUGCUGGGAAUGUAGCUGCUGUCAGCCUAGUGAUGAAGAAGUGGAAAUUCUUGGACCUUUCCCUGCUCAGACUCCAUCGUGGCUGGUUAAUGACCAGAAUGAGGAUAAAGAGGGCGACUCUGACAAUACAGCAAGUGACCCCCCUGCCACACCCCAGGACUCCUCUCCGGACCGCAGAAGAUCAAGCUCAGACACGUCUCGCUCCGCAUACACCCUCACUCGCCGCAUUUCCAGUUUGGACACCAGAAGGCCAAGCUCCCCUUUGAUUGACAUCAAGCCAAUCGAGUUUUGGGCCAUUAGCUCUAAGAAGGAGGCGGUCCAGCCCACUUUACUACGCAAGACUUAUGCGGCUGACGAUGACUACUUCCGCAAGUUUGAGCCGCGGCUAUACUCCAUGGAUUCAGGUUGUGAUGAUGUGGAUUCCUUGACAGACGAGGAGAUUGUAUCACGAUACCAGCUGGGCAUGUUACAUUUUAGCACACAGUAUGACCUCAUGCAGAACCAUCUGACUGUGCGUAUCAUUGAAGCCCGGGACCUGCCCCUUCCCAUGUCCUGUGACAGCACCCGCCAGGACAUGGCCCACUCCAACCCUUAUGUGAAAAUAAGUUUGUUACCUGACCAGAAGAACUCACGGCAGACUGGUGUCAAGCGGAAGACCCAGAAUCCGGUGUUUGAGGAGCGUUAUACCUUUGACAUUCCGUUCAUGGAAGCUCAGCGACGCACCCUCCUUCUGUCCAUCAUUGACUUUGACAAGUUUUCACGCCACUGUGUCAUUGGCAAGGUGACAAUGCCCCUCGGUGAUGUGGAUUUGAUCAAAGGUGGCCACUGGUGGAAAGCAUUGGUACCCAGUUCACAGAAUGAAGUGGAACUUGGAGAACUUCUCUUGUCCCUCAACUACCUGCCCAGCGCAGGGAGACUGAAUGUGGACAUCAUUCGGGCCAAACAGCUGCUGCAGACAGACAUGAGCCAGGGAUCAGACCCAUUUGUAAAGAUUCAGCUGGUGAAUGGCCUGAAACUGGUGAAGAGCAAAAAGACUUCAUGCAUGCGAGGAACCAUUGACCCCUACUACAACGAGUCCUUCAGCUUCCGAGUCGCACCGGAUGACCUGCAGGACGUCAGCCUUGUUUUUACAGUUUACGGCCACAACAUGAAAAGCAGCAACGACUUUGUGGGACGUGUCGUGAUUGGCCAGUACUCAACCGGGCCCCCCGAAACCAGCCACUGGCGCCGCCUGAUGACAUCCCAUCGCACUGCCGUGGAGCAGUGGCACAGCCUCAGGUCCCGUGCCGAGUGUGACCGGGUGUCCCCCGCGUCUCUGGAGGUCACGUGAACGGUCAAGACCCUCCAAAUCAAAGGAGACGGACUGGGAGGGAGGAGGACUGGGAUGAGGGGAGCAACUUUUCUUUUUUAAUC